AUGAAGAGAGGCGAUGAGAUUGAAGUCUCCUCCGAUGAAGAAGGGCUUAAAGGGUGUUGGUUCAGAGCCAUUCUCGAAGACCCUCUGCCUAAAUCCGGUAACAAAAAGCUGAACGUGUCUUUGCUAGCCAACGAUGGCUCCUCCACCACUACUCAGAAAACCACUUACCGGAGAUUCCUCCGGCCGAUUCCGCCGGAAAGUCUGUUCACGGCGGCAGGGGAGUUUGAAGAAGGGUGUGUGGUGGAAGCUUCUCGGGGAGGCGGGUGGUGGACCGGUGCGGUUGUGAAUAAGAUAAACGAUGAGGAAGUUUGGCUUUUCUUCGAUUCACCACCGAAUCUGCUCCAGUUCAGGACAGGACAGCUCAGACAACACUUUGACUGGGUCAAACAAGAAUGGGUUUUUGUGAGUAAGAAGUCAACAUUUAGAUGUGAGACUAUGGUGGAAGUGAAAGUUGAUGAUGAUGUUGACAUGUGGGUACCAUCAGUGAUUGUUAAGGAGAUGGUAAACAGGAAGAGUUUCGUUGUCAAGUCUUUGAAAUACCUGAGCUGGAAUGAUGGUGAAGAAUCUAAACCAAACAGAACCGUUGGUUUAAGCAGCAUAAGGCUCACACCGCCGACUGUUUCUGUUAAAAGCAGCUUUGGGUUGAUGGAGUCUGUUGAAGUGUUUAUUGAUCCUGGAUGGCGUCCAGGGACCGUGACGAGUAUACUCUGUGUGCAAAACACUAAUGAAGUAAAUGCUGCUUGUAUGCAACAGGUGCUAGAGGAACACAGCCGAGAAAAUGACAGUCGUAAGAGAAAAAGAGGAGAAGUAGAGCACAAUCCAGACUUAAGUGAGGCUGCUGCUACUGAAUCAGUUUCAUCUCAAACAGAGGCUGGAACUGAAGAAUUCACUGUCCAGCCGGAGAGCAGCGAAGAAGCUAACAACAAUCAGGUGAUGCAAAUAGUUGUUUUGCCUUUUGCUAAGGAGUCAUCGUUUUGGAAGGAACUUGAAACAAGAGAAGUCUUCCAGAGAGCACCACCACCAACAUAUUUCUCUAAAAAUUCUAAAAAUCAUUCUCUAAGAAUACCUAAAAAUCAUUAG